CGGAAGAAGAAGGAGCAGGCGUGGUCUUAGCUCGCGCCCCGCCUUGGACGUCCUCGGGACCUCUUACCACAGGGACCGGAAGUGGCGUGCGCGGCUUCCUGCCUUCUUGGCCGGCCGGCGUCGGUGUGAGCCGUACGGUGAGCGCAGAGGCUUCGCGGCCGACCGCUGGUGCCGGCCCAGGCGCCGUCUCGCAGUCGGCGUGGCGAAGAUGGUGGGCCGGAACAGCGCCAUCGCCGCCGGCGUGUGCGGCGCGCUCUUCAUCGGGUACUGCAUUUACUUCGACCGCAAGCGCCGGAGUGACCCCAACUUCAAGAACAGGCUGCGAGAACGAAGAAAGAAACAGAAACUUGCCAAGGAGCGAGCUGGACUUUCCAAGUUACCUGACCUUAAAGAUGCUGAGGCAGUUCAGAAAUUCUUCCUUGAAGAGAUACAGCUUGGCGAAGAGCUGCUAGCCCAAGGUGAGUACGAGAAGGGUGUGGACCACCUGACCAACGCCAUCGCCGUGUGUGGGCAGCCGCAGCAGUAGCUGCAGGUGUUGCAGCAGACGCUGCCACCUCCUGUGUUCCAGAUGCUGCUGACCAAGCUCCCGACCAUCAGUCAGAGAAUUGUAAGUGCUCAGAGCUUGGCUGAAGAUGAUGUGGAGUGAGAAACGAAUGUCAACAUAAUAAAACUGCAAUUUAAAAUACUUUAAAUAUCUUUAACUGGGAAGUUAAGCAGCUCUGGGGAAUAAGGCAAAGAUGCUUAUUAUGGACUGUCCUACGCUGAAAUCUACCAGAGUUAAGGUUUACUUUGUGUAGAUCUAUUUGUUUUAUUUAUUUUUUUCCCAGUGUAAAGUGUAUUUUGAUAGAAAGCUUUUCAUUUUAUAAAUACACUAUGAGUUACCACAAUACCAUGAAUUUCUUUUAUUCCUAAAACAAGCAGUUAAAAUGUACAUAGAACAUGUUAGGUGCCCCUUCCCCCAAAAAAUGUAGGGGACAGCUAAAUGCACAUUUUUUAAAGACAGUACAUUUUGCUAUGAAUCCAAAAAUUGUAUAGAAACUUGUGUUUAUGAAGACUGAGCAUUAAAGUUCUGAGAGAUCAUAUCUUCUCAUUUGCUCUCAGAUAUAAAUAUG